AUGCCGCCUGUACCCACACCUGCAAGACAUGUCGUGUCUUCGUACUUCCAAGGUUUCAUGCAAUUUCAUAAUGAAACAAAAUUCCGAUUAGCAAAAUAUGCCAACAGGUAUGGUUCCGAACAAAAUACCCUCAAAUCCCAAUUACUAUCUUCUGUAAACCCACAGCCGGAAAAUCAACUAUCCUUGCUAGAAGUUUGA